AUGCCAGUACGAAGAAGUGCUCGUCUUCAGAAUGUUUCAGCCUUGGUAGCUAAUUCAAAGGAAACCAUGCCAGUACGAAGAAGUGCUCGUCUUCAGAAUGUUUCAGCCUUGGUAGCUAAUUCAAAGGAAACUAUGCCCGUACGGAGAAGUGUUUGUCUUCAGAAUGUUUCAGCCUUGGCAGCUAAUUCAAAAGACACUGCACCAUCUUCUGAUGGCAGUGCAAUCACUCUUCAGUCAGUCAAUCCAUCUUCUACAAAACAUGCCACCAGUAGCAGGCAUUCUAAGGUUUCUGUGACAGGUAGUGCCACAUCAUCAUCUCCAUUAUCGAAGGCAGGCAAUGUCUUAACAGGACGCAGUAGUGAAAGCUCUCAAGUUUUCAGAUCUUAUGCUCCUCAGAUGCACACUGUAGUUCAGAAUGUCAAGCAAUCGCAUAAAGUUCAGGAGUUGGGAGAGACUCGCGAUUUCGUGGAUGAUGUUGGCUAUCUGCUGGAUAGCUUACAGGAUACAAACCCCACUUCUGUACGCUGCCUUAGUUGCCUCAAACUAGCUAGCAAGUGCCUCUCACCUUCCUUCCGUAAACAUCUUCGUGCUCAUGGGACAGUCACAAAAAUUGUCAGCCGCCUGCAUGAUGCCUGCUCUGAACCUUGUUUGGCACUGAGCACCUCUGCCAUGAUGUUCUUGCUUAGUCGUGAUUCUCUGAACAUGGACCUUGACGAGGACAGCCUAACCCUGAUGGUGAGACUGAGUGAGGCCGAUACUGUUGAGCACCAUUAUCUGGACACAUCCGCCUUGAAAGAGCUGAAGAAUUUUAAGCAGAAGGUCAAGGAAUUAUUGACCCAUUUACCCCAGGAAAAACAUGCUGGAAAAAUUGACCUGGGCUUUGUCUCUACUGGUAACCUUGCUAUGGAGUCCUUGCUGAGCUUGACAUUAAAACGUGCAGACGAGUGGUUCAAUGAAUGGUCUCCUUGGGGCCUCGGCCGUAUUGUGGAUUUUUUGACAGAUUGUGAACAUAGCCUGCCAGAGGAUAUCUCACAGGCCACCAAGAAGACGUUACCUGUUCUCAAAAAGCUGAAUCGCUGUCUUAAGUUCUUAACCAAGAUAAGCUCGAUCAACUUUGACAGCCAGAACUACCUGAUCUCCUACAAGAACGCAGCAUUUGUUCAGGCCUGUAUCAGAAUAUUGCAAAGGUGCCAGACUUACAUGCCAUCUUACAAUGUUCUAAAAAAUGUGGAAAAGAACAAAGCACUGAAACAUUUUCCUGGUUACAAGAUCUUGAUUUGCAUGAUGGAUGUGUUGAUGGUGUUGGAUACUUUAACCUUUGAGAGUGAGGCAGGGAAUCUAGACUUGAAGAUUGAGACCUCUCUGAUGCAAACCAUCGUAAGGUGCUUGACUACUACACACUGUUAUGUCCCCGUGGAGAAGAGGUUCGAAUUGGAGUUAUUGUGCCUUAGCUUACUGAGGACCCUGGUUGAGCACAAAGAAUGUAACCGCCAGAUAUUGAUGAGCCCACAGAUGGAUGUGAAGUACACAGAGAAGUCACAACCUAAAACCAUGAGUGGCAUCAAGGCAGUAGUGGAGCUGUUUGUCCAGAGAGAAGAGGCGGCUCGUCAGACGGAAGAUGACAAUCAAAGCAUCCUGGAGAAUGAAAAUGAGACAUUUACAAAAGCUUUUGGUAAAGCUGGUAGGCCUGUGAACUACUUGUUUGUGGCUUCCUAUGCUGGACUUCUCCUGGGUUUCACAAUUGUUAAUAACAAGGAGUAUGCUACUGCUGUCAAGAAGUUAAUGCCAAAUAAGAAUUUUGAUCUGGUGAUUAAGAGGCUGAAGAAAUUUCUCAAUUUUUAUAGGAUUACGGCAUUCUGUAACAACAUCGCUGUCAACCUCCUUACAAAAGUUAUUAGAAUCCUGCAAACAGCAUGA